AUCAUUCAGUCAGUCAGUUAAAGAGUGUAUAAUAUUCUGAAAUAUUUAAAAUUGAUGAUAUCGACAAUGUAUGGGGCGUUGGUUCUGCUGGGCUGCCUAAUCUGUAGCAAUGCAUAUUCGAUUCGACCGGACGAUGGAGGUACCCAGGCUAAAAUGGUCAGCAAUGCUGCAAGAUACACGCUUGCGGUGGCAACAAUAACGAAACGAAUCAAUUACGACGAAGAAGAUGAAGCCUGGAGAAAUAUAAACGACUGCUUGGAGGAAAUCAAGGAAAGUGAAGAUAUGAUGGAUAGAUUGCUGGAUUGGCAAUAUUUAACAGAAUUUAUUGAGCUGCAAAUCACGAAAUCGUUGAAUUUUAACUACGAAAAGGAAAAGCACACAGCAAGUAUCGGUGGCAACGGCAAACUGGAUCUUUUCAUUCGCCUCACACCAGUGAAAUAUUGGGACAUCCUCGAAGCAACACAGUAUCCUAUUCCACUCAACAUCUGGAAGCAUAGAGAAGCUGCCGCAGAAUUACUUCUGCAAGCUUGUAACGAUGAUAAGACCGAAGACAACAUGCUUCAUGAUCUACCAGAAGAUGUUAAAGAUAUUCUGGGAAAAGAGGAGAUCAGAAGAAUAUUUAAUGCUUUGCUGAUAGAUGCAUACGUUAGCGAUGCCUUUACAGAGGAAGACAAGGCAAAACUGUCAGAGACAACAAAACGCUGGCAGUUGGAAAAGAAAUGGAAAAAAAUCGCCGAUAAGAUUUUGGCUUCAGACUCUUAUCUUAUGACAACUUGCUUGGAUCAAAGUUUGGCAUUCGACGAAGAGAGAGAGGUUGAUAGAAAGCUGCGAGAAAUAGCAAGUGAUCUGGGCGUCUACGAAUGCGAACCAAUCAUAACUGUGCAACCGGUUCAAUUCUUUACGGCAAUGCCCCCAGUGCAAUUGAUGUUGGUAGAAUUUUCUGCUGCAGCACCUGUGCCACGGAGAAGAUCGGUGUUGCCACCUCCGUCAAACAUCAAUAAUGAUGACCAUGACGAUGGUCCUCCACAAUCCCCAGGCAGAGUUAGGAAUUUUGCAGCACCCUGAGAUAUUUUGAGCUCGAUAACAUAUCAUUUUUUCCUUAGCAUUGUAGAUGUAGUUUUGUGUGUACGAAGGACAACUUAAGUCGUAGAAAUCAUAAAAUAAUAGUAGAAACAGAGUUUAAUAUGUUAUUGUCGCGUUAAUAG